GCGGGUGCGUAUGUUUUGUUUCGGGAAUAAUUUAUAAAUUUUCUAGUUUAAAUUGAAGUUUUCAUUGUAUUAUUUGAACGGUGAUGUUGUGUAAAAUUGGUGCGGUUGAAAUCAUAAAAUGACACGAGUGAUUGCUUUCAAGCCUGUCGACAAGCCAGACGAUAUCGUACUCUACCACGGUACAAAUAAAACCGCCACGAGCUGCUUAGGCGCUUGCGCUAGCUGGGGAUGUUUCAGAGAAUUCUCUCAUUUCUCAUUGAACCUGCUGCUGUUUCGCGAAAGAAUCGCGAACCCAUAUUAGUAUCGUCUUCGUGUUUCGCGCGCGUAAGUCACUUUAAUUCACCAGAACAAUCCUCUUCGCUCGGGAUUGUAGUGUAGAGUAAUGGAGUAAUCGUAACGUAUGGUAGCAGCAGUAGGUAGUAGCAGUAACACGGACGAGCAGAUCAAUCUGCGAGUCAUUUGUAUUCGGGAUAGAAGAAGCAUUGGGUGUGUACGUACUUAUCUAGUGGCGGCGUUCGCGUGGCAUAUUUCGUGUGAAUGUUAGAUCGAAUCCCAAGAAGCUUUCUUACGGCUAUAGGUGUUGGGGAGUUAGCAAAGUUCUUAAAGGUGUUGUUAUAAAACAAUUUCAGUUCACAGAUUGUUUAAGACGACCGUGUUUAACUGGAAGAAGAAAACAAAGAAAUGGUGUAAACAAGAGUCAGACAAGUGAAUUAUUAUUAAGAGUAAAGUGUUACUAUAUUAUACAAUGUGAGCAGAAGUGUGUGUUGUAACGCGUACCAUCUACGACAUCGUACAGACAUCAAAUAAUGUGAAUUUGUUCAAAUCAAUGAUUUUGAGUGAGUUUGUUUUGGAUGCAGUAUAUGGUUAACCCGAAGGCACAUAUCUAAAGGAAAAAACAGCAGCUCAGUAUGUCCACAGUGUGAAAAAAUUACAUUGAGAAAACGGUGCAGAAGACGAUCAGUUGAUUAUAAAUAUAAUGGCAUUAUUUAAUAAGCUGUUCUCAACCAACAAAAAGCGCAGCACUAGUCAAUCAACGCAGAAAUCUAACUUGGGACAGUUUCCAUUUGCCGCCGACAAGGUUCGAGUGGUUCUUUUUCGUGAAUGCGACAUCAGAGGACGCAAAUUGCUGUUUGACUCGAGUGCGGUGGAAAAAAUCACCGAUGGACCAGCGUCGACGACAGCAACCGCCUUCUGUGGGACUGCAACCUACAAAACUUUACCUCAAACCCAGAAAUGUGAUCACUGCAAAAUAUUGUACCAGCAUAGUUCUAAUCCAAAGAGUGACAUCAAAUCAUUGGCAGAGAUGAUCUUCGGCUCUGCACCGAUCGCCUUUCAGGGAAGUAGUCUGAAGGUUCACUGGCUUAAAACACCGACCGCCAUGAUGUGCUCUCACGUAUUCCCGGCUCCAGUGUUGAAAAAUGCCAGUGGAGCUAGCAGUAAGAAAAUGUCUGUCUCAUCCUUUCUGGGAUCGGAUCUUGCAGUCGGAGGCCAGAAUGGAUUCUAUCGUGAUCGAUAUCCUUCGGGCAGCGAUCUUAGUUCGAUAGACACGACGUCACUGCGUUCAUUUACGGUUACGUCUUCAACUUCGACACAGCACGAUACGUCUCACAAUCACCGACACAGACCACCUUUGCCACCAGAGUUCGGUCAUUUAGAGCGGUUGACGGAUCCUAGGCUUUCCACCAACAGUGGAAUGGAUUCAGGGUACGGCGGAACUGAUCCAUGGGCUUUCUCGACGAGUAGCUCACGUCAUCCGCUAUCGUCUCAUAGAAGCAGUCUUGCAUCGAUCUGCAGUGAUUUCGAGUGUAUUCGCAGACUAAGCACAGAUACCAACAUUGAUAUACCUCAGGCAGCUAGUUUAAGUGAUUGCAGUCAGUAUGGAAGCUUUAAUCGGCGCGUGUCGAAAAAUGUGUCUACAUCGUUUGAAAAUCGUCUCUCAUUGGCUGACCACGUCGGCCAUGUCGAUGAACUGAGCCAAACAGGAUCAACUUCCACGACCAGUCAGGUGACUGCGAGUGAUGGUUGUGUAGGAGGACGGAAUCGUAGGAAUAGUGAAACCAUGGAAUUAAAUAAACGAAAAGCCUUCAGUGGUGAGGUGCUUUCAACAUCUACAAACUACCAAGGAAAAGCUCCGAAUAAGAAAGCACGCCUGGGCAUUGCGUUCUGCAUUGAAUUGGACGAUGGAGUACUGCAGGAAAUGGAAGCAUUCUGCUCGGAACACAUGAGCAUAUUCGAAUCAAUGCUAUGCCGACUGCGAGUAGCAGCCGAAAAUGCGUGCCAUCGAUGGCCACUGUUCCUACAGAUUAUGUUGACAGCGUGGCAUUCGACUCAGCAAUGGUUGUUGGAUUUCUUCACCGCUCCUCGUCUUUCGAAUCCAGUAUGGACAACUUUGAGCUGCAGCACACAUCCAGCACAGGGUAAUGCACAAAACAAUCAAGCGGCUCUUACCAUAGCCAAUAGAUUCAUGCACGAUCUCUCCUCGUUGUUAUCGCUGGCCGAUACCAAGGAUACUAAAUUAUUUAUCAGCACUCUGCUGACGGCUGUGCUGACACAUCAUCUAGGCUGGGUUAGCACCAUUGCUUCAAUUGGUAGCCCUCCAGAGUCAACCACCGCUGGAACGGGCGAUUCCCAUCAGGAAAAAGAAAAAAUAACCAAAAUAACAGCAAACCAUCCGUACAAUGUUCUGUGGGCUCAGCUGGGAGACCUGUACGGAGCGGUAGGACAUCCGGUCAAGUUGACGAAAACGAUUAUCUGCGGCAGCCCUCAGUUGGACAAUACUAUCGGCAAGGUUUUGAACGUUUUGUCAUACUUUAUACGAUGCAGCGAAAUCAAGAGGACAGUUCAUAUGGAAGUUUUCGAAGAAGGUAAAGUCAAGGAAGCCUUUGCCGCACAGAAGCUCAUCAAUAAUGCUAGUAGCCACAGUUUCACUAAUACCGAGGAUCUAAACAGUAUCUGUAAAUCUUCGAAAUUAGCAAGAUCUAGCUCCGGAAUGGUUCGAUCGUCUACGAGGAUCAAAGACCUAACGGCAAUGGGAAAAGAUACAGGAAACGCUGUGGAAGGAGAGCUAUCGACAUUACUAAAGAAAACAGUGAUGAACGACAUACCCAACGUCCUAGUGUAUCGGGAUUCCCGUUUCGUGCAACAGGAGCUGCGGAUAGGAAACAAAAGCAUGGACACGGAGCUGCUGAUGAACGCCAGGCAGAAGCAGUUCUUAGAAAUGAUCUAUCAUAUCAAAAAGGAGGGAAACGGAAAUCCUCAGAUAAGGAUGACGCUCACCCAACCGGAUGAGACUGGACAAGAAGCGAUUGAGCUGGACGUAAGCGAUACGGGUGAUACUGAUUCGAUCCGAUUAUCUAGACUCAUCACUGAAAACAGUAUCGGUGACAAGGAAAAUGGCAAAAGAUUCCUGUGGGGUUUGGAACGGAUAAAAGAAGGCAUUACAUUUGAACAGCUGAAAUACAUCGACGGUCUCCGUGGCAAUUAUGAAAUGUUGAUGCAAAGCCGACCAAAGGAUGAAGUUGUAUUCGUUCUUGGUGACAAUGAACAGCUGGUCAAUAUCAAGCACACGCAAAAUUCCAGCACAGCAGACAGAGCCAACGAACUGGGAGCGGUUGGUGGCAAAAGGCCUUGUUCGCACAGUAAACUCAGAAAACAUUCCGUCAUAUUUAACUUUGAUCAGUAUCCCAAAGUGGUUGAAAACUAUCUAAAAAGUCAAAACCUAGAACUGACCGAGCAUGAUUUGCUUGAGAAAAGUAUGAAAUUAUCGCUAAAGUUUCACCCGGAAGCUGAUUUGUCCUCAUCUACGGAUGCCGAUGAGGAGGAAUGCGACGUUUGUCGCAAUACCUCACUGCUAUACCUACAAACCCCGACGAAUGCCUCGGAGCUGGAGUUCUCCAGUGAUCUGACCGAUGGAAGCAUAUAUAGCUCUAUGCACGAACCGUCCAUCAGGGACGAAUAUAAAAUGCAUUGUCACGAUGACAUAUCAAACACUUUCUCCUUGGCUACGGUCGAAGAAAAUGCCGAGCUAAAAGCCAAGCAUCCGGAUAGCAUACUCAAGCUGGUGGAUAUUCCCAUAUCAAAGGCACUGAACGUGGCAAAUCUAAACGACGAGAACAACAAUGAUAAGACUGAUAAAUUUAGAAAAUUACCAAGCAAAGCUGGUUUUAUGCCUUCGUUGUUCUCUCGAGUGGCGGAUCAUUAUAUUCCGGACAUGGUUCUACAGGGUACUACUGCACCGCCUAACAAGUGGGAAAGGGCCCUGAAGAAGGACCUCAGCCUCGCAUCUAGAUUCGCCUUGAUGGAGCAGUAUCCCACUGAAAAUCUGGCAGUUGUAGGCAACUUGGAGACCCACGAUGUCCGACUGAUAACAUCCAACCAAUCAUCGCUGGCUCCGAGCAAUCCCAACGGCGAACUGGUAGGCAUGUCCCAACUUGUCUCCUCUAUGCUAGAAACAGUACACGCCAUGUGGAGCUCAGGAUUAUCUGCGUUCCAGUGUAUGGCCUUUAUAGAGUCCAAACUGCGUGAGUUGUAUUUACAGUCAGAAUCGAUCGCCAGCUUUCUACUAGCUACUGAUUUUUGUUCCAUUGAAUCAAUCACCAAGGCCCUGAACAUCACUGCCAACGAUAUGCCCUUACUUUUAUCCGUGGCAUCAAUACAUACCCCGGAAGUGACCAAGCGAUACGUCCUGCAGUUUCGGUAACAUGGCUGUUCUGGAGUCUUGAUGAAAGAGACAGUAGCACUUUUGUGAUAUUAGAUUUAGGCUACAAAAAGCAAUCAACGCUUCAGGAAGAUCUGUUAGUUAGUCAGUUAGUUGUUACGAGGAAUGAUUUUUUUUUGCUGGAGAUGACCAAUCUUAGAGUUAGUGGGCGCGUAUGAAGCUCUCUUUCUCUUUAUCUGUGAGAUGUGAUUCCAAAAUAGCUGAAAAUUUAGUUAUCCAAAUUACCAGGAUAGACCAUAUAAUAUUUAAAGUGAAAGUAUUUUGUAGGCGGCUAAGUGUAACUAAGGACAUAUUGAAUAGUAUUUUAUCGUAUAUUGGAGAGCCAGUGAAAGUUAACUAGAUAGGUAGGUAGGAAUAUUACCAUGCAAAGAAAAUAAAAAUCUAUAUUAUGCAGUUUGUUGCUAUGACGUUUUGAA